AUGCCUCAAUAUUUUGCUAUAAUUGGAUCCAAUGAUCGCCCAUUAUAUGAGACUGAGUUUCAUAAAGAUAAUAAGGAUAUCCCACAAAGUUUAAAAGAAUUGAAUCCCUUUAUUUUGCAUGCAUCAUUAGACAUUAUUGAAGAUCUACAAUGGCAAAUACAACCAAAUGAUAGAUCCAUGUUUUUCGGACAGGAUGAUUCCUAUAAUAAUGAUGGUGUUGGUGUUGGUAUGUCAAUAUUUAAAAAUUCUUUGGGAGCAGGAUCGGAUUCUAACGGUAUGUCAUCUUUAACUGCCGGCUUUCUGCGAUCUAGUUCAACCAAUAGUUACAAUAAUAAUGAUAAGAAUAGUACUGGUGCCAUGAAUAAUAUAAUAUCAUCAUCAUCUAAUUCAAAUAUUCAACAAAUAUUGAAAAACGAUAAUUGUUAUUUAAGUAGAGUGGAUCAUUUUUAUGGACAUGUCGUUACUGCCUAUAUAACAUAUAGUGGAUUAAAAUUUGUCAUGGUGCAUUGUAACACGGAUGGAAUGAUAAAAGAUAAUACUAGUAGUAUAGAGAAGGGAAAUGACGGUACAAAUACAGAUAAUAUUAAUAAAGAUGAUUUUAUUUUUAUGGGGAAUGGGUUGGUUAUUAUUGAUGAUAAUAAAUGUAAAAAAUUUUAUCAGGAAAUCCAUGAAUUAUACGUAAAAACGUUACUAAAUCCAUUUUAUAAAUUAGGUCAGCCAAUUAAUGACCCUGAAUUUAAUAUUAGAGUCCAUUCGAUUGCCCAAAAGUAUCUUCAAACGUAA